AUGGAGGGGGUAGGUGGGGGAAAUUUGCAGAAAGUCACUCCUUUAGCUAGAGAAUUAUCCCGGAUCUUCAACAGCUACAAUAAACACUCCAUACAACUGAAAAAGAAUCUGAAGGAGACCAACGCAUUUUUCCGGGAAAUAAAACGCAACUACAGUAACGCCUGCGCAUCGGCCGCCAGCUCGGAGGCAGCUGCUCUGGAGGCAGGUAAGAAUGUAAACCUGUUCAAAUUUGUUACCUAUAAUUACCGCUUUUCUCGGCAUCAUCACAACAGAAUGUUCAGUAAAACUCCCACAUUCCUCAGAAAACGUCAUGCUUAUUCAAACAUGCAUAGCUAACUAGACCAUAUUAAAUGGUUAGGUUGUCACAUCAUGUCACACACACUUCAGUACUUGAGGUUACAUUUAUCCAUGCAGCUACAGUACUAGCAUUAUAAUAUGCCUGACACUGAAGGACCCUGUCUGAUUAUUUUACAUUCUACAGACUGCCUUCAUUGAGAGCCACCACUCAACAAGUUUUGGAAUGUGCUCAUUGGUUCCAGUGUAAAACCCUAUUAACUUUAGACAAGCCCCAUAAACAUAUCAGACUCAAGCAUAGGAAUGUCUGUCAUUCUAUAAUGAGUUUGAGUGGAAACUCUUCUGAUUGUGAUCAAGGAGGACUGAAUUAGGUACAGCAGACUCUGCACAUCCCAUAAUGUUCCAAUUAGGAAUGUGCUGCUGACGUCAGGCAAUUCCUGAAGGGCCACAGGUUUCUGACCUGUAAUCCAUUCAUAUACAGUGGUGGGAUGGCAUUAACAGGUGGAUUGUUAAUAGCUAAACUGUCUUCUGAAUGGGAGUAAUGAGGUAGUCUAAAUUCCCCCACAGGAAAAAAAAAGACUGUUCUUUGCCCGGAAAGAGAUUUACUUGGCAACACAUUGACGGUAGAAAAUGCAUUAAAUAGGAUUUAGAGGGAAAAAUUAAGAGAUUAGGGCCAGCUAAAGUCUUUCUCAACAGUAUGACCUGACAAAAGGCACCCAGUAUGCUGAGAUUCCCGCUUAAGAAAGAACUGAGGCUAAAAAUGUAUGCACUCACUAACUGUAAGUCGCUCUGGAUAAGAGCGUCUGCUAAAUUACUAAAAUGUAAAAUGUAAAACGAAGCAUGUACUGAUGAUGAAUAACAUAUAAGUAGGUUAUAUAUCCACUUGCUGUAAGCCAUCCUCAUUUCAUCCUAUUUUCAACUCUACACUAGUCACUGCACUAGUUAAUUUGGGGAUUGCCUGACUUCGAGAUGUGUGCGGGCUGAUGAGCAGAGUGUGAGUGUGAUUCUCACAUUCCUGUUUAGGAGAUGUGAGUUCUUUUGAGCCACUGUCUAAUAGGGCUGUCAUUCAAGCCCAACCUUCCUGUCCACUAAGGUAUGUUUGUGGGGUUAGUGUCUCCACUACACACAUUUACACACACAUUUACCAAUAAUAUUUAAACAUCCUCAAUCUAGUGCAUCUAGAAUGUAAAAUUUCAUGUGAAAGCAAAUCUAACCUUAUCCUUUCCAUCAAGUAGGGCUAUACAUAUCUUUCAGUCUAACAACAAACCACAUAGUGGUUGUCAUGCCAGAUGACAUGCUUCAAGCUCUAGUAACAUGCUACAAAAUGUGACCAGUCAUCACUGAACGGAAAGUGCAGCUGUUUAGCCUAAUUCCAAGUGGAUGUUUUAGCCUAUAGGCCUAUUUUUAUACAAAACCUUAUUAGUGUUCGAAUCCAGGCUCUGUCGUAGCCGGCCGCGACCGGGAGACCCAUGGGGCGGCGCACAAUUGGCCCAGCGUCGUCCAGGGUAUGGGAGGGAAUGGCCGGCAGGGAUGUAGCUCAGUUGGUAGAGCAUGGCGUUUGCAACGCCAGGGUUGUGGGUUUGAUUCCCACGGGGGUAUGAAAAAAACAGUCACCGCCUUUAGAAUCACACACACACACACACACACACACACACACACACACACACACAUAUGGUCUUUCUGGCCUCAAUUAAAAACCUUAUAAAUGCCAUAGUUGUGAUAAAAUGAGCUGCCACCUCUUAAGCAAGGUGUCAUAAGUGAACUUGAAUACAAUACCAAAUUAGAUGUAGACAACAGUACAGUAGGUAUCUUUUUAAAAAUGAAUUUACUGUGGUUCAAUCAUUCAUUGUAUUAUAAAGCCUACUGCGUGCAAAAUGUUUUAGGCCAAACACCAUGCAGAGAAAUACCAGAUUAACAGCUGCAGAGGAAACAGAGUGGCAGAGUGGAGAAAGAGGGAGUGAAUAUAAUGGGUGGGGAGGGAAAAAGAGAACCAGAGUAGAGUAGUCCAUUGCUGUCUUUGUCUGUUGUAUAACUGCUUUAGACCGUGACUCCGCAUCAUGGAGGAUUAUGACCAUUUCCUGUAAUGAACUUAGGUUGAAGAUGACAAAGGUUAAGACAACUGUAUUCUAAUAUCCCAUAACUCUUUGCAACAAUGGGGAAGAAUUCUAAACAAUGGGACUAGCAAUGCGAGCGAAAAUUACUGGAAGGGAAUCUUAGCAGUACAGAAAGUUUGCCAUCAAAGUGGAAAAUAAACACAAUCAUAGUGCAUUUCAGCUAACUACUCAGCAAAUACGUAGCAUAACUGCUUUACUGUCAUUCUAAUCAUUAAAACGUUUUUCUAAUGAUCUACAGCCACUUUACUACUUGAUGUCCCGACAGCUGGUCACGUUUUCUAUGCUAAUCCUGUAGAAUCAGCAACGGCGCUGGUCCAAUUAUUAUUAUUGUUAUUUUUUGAAUGCUCCCACAUGGAAUUAUUAUGUUGUCUUAACCUGUAUAUUUUCGACCUAGUGAUGAACCAGGAUGAAUUGGUUGUGCUGUUAAUAUGGAUUGCCACAGAGAUGGGUCAGGACAUAACAGACAAGGGCUUAAGGAGGGGCUUUGAAGUAAACACAAUAGAUUCUCCCUCAGGCCUUUCCUAUGCCAGAGGUGCAGAGACAGAGAGAUGCCAGACACCAGUUCACAACAGGUUGUUAUUUCUCUAUUGCAAGCCAAUCCGUUGGAAUUUGCACACAUUCAAAGUGGGAUGUUAGAUGGUGUUAUAACAUUACAUUGUAUUAUCAAUUUAUUCAGAUUUUUACUAGGCCUAAUACCUGAAGAAAAAGGCUUCUUCAUUAACCCUCAGAAGGGAGAGGGACAACAGAUCAAGCCCCCCCCUGACCACCAUUACUAUUCCCUGUUCCCUUCUAUACACCCACAUGUUGUUGUCCCUUCUCUUCCUAGGCCAGCUGAGCUGCAUCUCCUUCCCCCGGCAUGAGGAGGAGUUCCUGCAAAGCAGCGUGGGCAGCGCCCCCUACGUCCUGGUACUUGGUCAGGACUGUGCCGCGCGUUACCAGCUGCUCAACUGCCUGCUGGGGGAGCGGCUCUUGCCCCUGGGGCCAGAGGCGGGCGAGGCCUGCGAUGGCGUCCAGGGCACCGCCUGCAAGAGGAGGAAGCUGUGCUUCACCCACGGGCGCCAGACGCGACUUAGCCUAGCGUUGCCCGGCCAGUAUGAGCUGGUGCACCAGCUGGCGGCCCACUGCGGGCGCUGGGAUACGGUUCCCCGGGAGGACCUGGAGAUCCAGGAGGAGUGUGAGGACCCCGCCCACAGGCUGGCCGAGUUGGAGAUCACCCUGCACCACCCUCUGCUACAGGUAUACACACACAUACAUUUGCAUAUGUGAGGAGGAUUCCGAUGGUGGGAGUCUUGUUGAUGUAUUUGCAAUGUAAGCCUACACAAAGCACAUAGUAACAGGAGAAAUGGUCAAGGGUCCUUUUACUUAUUGGUAUGCUCAUUGACGUUACAGCAUUGAUUUGAUAAAUGCCUGAUUUGUUGGCGCGCUUGAGAGUGAGUCUUUGAGUUUUUGACUUUGAUUGAUGAUACUGUCAUCUCACUGAUGAUAUGUUAGUUCUCUCUCUUAUGGGAACUAGAAGGGUAGGCUUGUUUUUCGUCUUUCUCUCCAGGCUGGAAACAUUACUCUCACACGUGGCUUAGCUGACACAAAGGUUACUGCACAGAGUAGAUCAGUCCCCAUGUUAGUCAGAGCUCUCCCUCUCUGGUGCCUGUGGCACCAGAGGACUAGUGGACUUACAGAGGACUAGUGGACUUGUCUACCAGGUGGACAGACAUAGCCCAUCUUGCUCGGCUGACUAACAUGCCUUGGUGUGUGGAUUGCACUGUGCUCGCUUGUUGUCACGUGCGGGUUGAGAAAAGUAGCACUUAAUCCUUCAAACAAAGGCCUCGCUUAGCUGGUCGCCAUGGAAGCCAGGCUCCAGACAGCCCUGAGACGUACGCGUUAGCGAGGCCCUGCCUGCACUGCUUUGUAGGCCGCCGCCCACCCCCACCUUACGUAAUGGCCCUGGUCUGGUGCGAUUCACAUGACCGGGGCACAUAAGGAAAAAAACUUCCCAAGUUAAACCCUUCACUGCGAUGAGGAAGUUGCCAUGGUUACGACUGGAUCCUUCCCGCAGGGCACUAUUUAUUAGCCCAUGUCAUAGUUUGCCGCCUUUCAGUGUUUUGCCAAAUUCAUUAUGAUAGCAAGCUUAUUAUUUGGAGCACAAAAAGCUGAUAUCAGGUUGCCCUGUCCUUGGGUUUUGUCGUUUUUGUGUUAAAUUGGCGAGGCAGGAUUCUGAGUGUGAAUGGAGUAGUGACGGCGCCAGUGUAAGUCAAUAUGUGAUGACCUAUGUGAUUACUCACACAUUAAAUAAGUCUUAUGAAGUGGUGCUCCCUUACCCAUCUUAUUUUUCCUGUUUUGUUUUCAGGUAGGCUAAACAGGGAGAUAUUGUUUACGCAAUGAUUAAAGAGACCUUACCUGAGAAGCUGUAAAAUUCAGGCUGGUAUGUAAUGUUUCUGAUGCUUGUCAACCUGAUUCAUCUUGUCAUGAUAAUGCAAAUGCAUGUGCCAGGUUAGGUAGGCUAGGCUAUGGUUUAUUUAGUCAGAGCAGUAGUUCAGAGAGAUGCACCCAGCUGCUGCUGUUUACUCAGGGGGGCUAGAGGCAGGCAGGCAGGGAAGCAGCUCUCAGCCAACUGUGACAUUCACACAGCCAUGGCAGAGUCAGAGCGCCCCGUUUUGGGAGGCCAGGAGAUAAAAGGGUUAACUCUCUAAUUACCUUCCCCUCCCCACCCCUGGGCUCCCCACUCCUCUUUUUCCCAAGUUAGCCACACAAUGACACACAUGACUGGGAUAGUGCUAACCUAUGUAUGGAUGCAUUUCUCAGAUAACCUCCCCGACAUCAGUCUGCCACAAGUUCAUAUAGCCUAGAAUGUCAUGCUUGUUUUUUAACAAUGGGUCGAGACAUCUUUAGCAUAGACUCUCCAAGAAUGCUAUUAUUGGAUCAUACCAUUUGAAGGGACAAACAUUUAUUAGGAACAUUAGAAGUUCGAAAGCUUUUUAGAUGUGUUUCUAUAUCUAGAGAAUGUUUUCGACUGAGAAGAAAACAUCUAUUGGUAUGCAGAUUGUGGGUUGCUACCGUCCAUUAUUGUCUGAUAUAGGGGUAAAUCCAUUUGAAUUCAAUCACUUUUUGACAGCCUCCCUUUAUUAUUAUAAUAAUAAUAAUAAUACUUUUGGGGGGGUGCUUAUAUUUGUCCUGUUACUCAGUGUGUAAUGGAAAUGUGUUUUUUUGCAUAUCCCAACUCCCCCUGAGACACCCGCAGGGAGUGGGGUCACAGCCAGGGUCGUCAUUGUGGAGCAAUUAGGGUUAAGUGCUUUGCUCAAGGGCACUGCAACAGAUUUUUUCACCUUGUCGGCUCCGGUAUUCGAACCAGCAUCCUUUUUGAUUUAAACAAAACUUUCCAUACAUGUUUGCCCAUGAAAGAAGUGGUCAGAAAGUGACUUUUUGGACCUGAAUGCCAAAAUAUUCAGGAGAUAAAGGUGCUCAAAGUUGACCCGUUUUCCAUACCCCACCAUACUAUGAGACAUCCAUGUCUUCAUCACUGGAAAAGAUAAACGGUUGAGUUUGAUAUCAUUUAAAAUCUUACAAACAGUGUUGUCAAACUAUUUUAUAAUUUCUUUAAUUUUAUUUAAAAAAAAAAUAAAGUUAUGGAAUUGUUUCACCUUUAACGUCAUUAUCUAAAAACUUGUAAACUCCGUUUUUUUUUCUUAAUAUUUGCACAUGUAGCUUAGACCCUACUUUACAUAAUAAGAGGUUUUUUGUUUCACCUGCCAUCGGUUGAGACACAACAUGCUCUUGAAUACAGUGUGGGUGUAAUUUCAAUCAUAGAAAUAUAAUUCAUAGAAUGGACCUAUCCCGUUAGACCACUGCAGUUUAGCUGGCACACUAUUGAAAUACAAAUGUAAUUGACAUGUAAACUUCUAAUUACUACCACGAAGAUGGCCGCCGGUCAUGUCUAUUCUAUUAUUUAUAUUUUCUAUGAUUUCAAUAGGUUUCCUAUGGAGGUUUGACAGUAUAAUUUAAAACAACAGAUAUUCCCAUUCAAGUCAACAUUCUCUGAUGUGUGGACCUCCAACCAUCUUUGAAAUGUAAAUGUUAUUUCCAUUUUAAUAAAUGUAUCAGCCAAAACAUGACACCCACCCUGUAUUCAAGAGUAUUUUGUGUCUGAACCGAUGGCGGGCAAAACACAAAAACCUCAGAUGACGGAAUAUACGGUUAUGAGAAUAUGAAGAAAAAAAUCUGAGUUUACGCGUUUUUAGAUAGUUGACGUUUAAGGUUAAAAAAUGCAAUGUUUUAUUAACAUAUUUUCAAAAAAUUAUAAAAUAGUUUGACAACCCUGUUUGUAAGCUUUUAAAUGAUAUCAAUCUUAACUGUUAAUAUUUUCCAGUGAUGAAGACAUGGAUGUCUCAUGGUAUGCAACAUUUUAGCACCUUUAUCUCUUUAAUGUUUUGGCAUUCAGGUCAAAAAAGUCACUUUCUGAGCACUUCUAUAAUGGGCAAAUCUGUAUAGAAGGUUUUGUUCAAAUCAAAAGGGGUGCUGUCAUUUUACCCAUAGGGGUGAUACAAUAUUCUUCAAAAUAUCCCAUAGAUAUUCAGCUGUUGGACUACAUUUGGAAAUUGACUGCAUUAUGGCAAUUCAAACAUUCUAUUUAUGUUUGAAUGGUUGUGAAGAAAUGUUUGCAGGCUAUCUUUGUUCUAAAGAGACUGCUCAGUUGGCCACAGCUCUUGUUACUUGGAGACAGGACUGACUGUCUCCUUUGUGUGGCUGUGUUAGUCAUUUCUCUCUCUCUCUCUCUCUCUCUCUCUCUCUUACACUCUGCCCCCCCCCCCCCCCCCCUCCCUUCCUCUUCCUCUUUCCCUCUCACGCUCUCUUGUUCUAUUUCUGUGGCUGUUACUGUGUAAUUCAUCAAACGUGGAGUGAAAAUGUUUUCUUGCUUAGUUUUCUGUUGCCCUCCCAUACCCUUUCCCAUGACCAGACAGGUCUGUGUGUGUUUGUGUUUAUGGGGGAUGGCACUGGCAGCACAUACUACGUCUGAGUUUCCUGUCUCUGACUUUUCUCAUUCGUCUAUGUCCCAGUUAGAAAAACAAUAAUGUGACUGGUAGUAGUAUAUGUGGGAGCCAAUUGGGACUGGAGAAAUAUUGUGUACUCCCCUGCACCCUGCAUGUUUACUCAACCUAGGAAUCUUUUUAUUUAAAAAACGCCCUAUUAACACAUGUUGCUGUUUCCUUUUUUUCCCCCCUCUUUUCUUUGAAAUCUUUUUUUAUAAGCUUUUUUUAAUUAUACAGAUAACACAGACAGAACAGGUAGAGGGCAAAACACACUUUGAUCCCCUACCAAAUCAACCCCCCCUGCCCCACCCCAAAACCAGACUUAAAGCAUGCAUGAUAUACAAUUAGUAAUAUAAUCAAAAAGUAAAAAAAAAAAAAAAGAUAUUAUAAAACAAAAGUAAAAAAAAUAGUUAAAAUAGUGAUACAAAUUCUAAUAUGGGUUGGUUUAUGGAGUUGUGAAAUUAGCUGGGUCCAUGUCUUCUACAAAGGAUAGGAAAGGUUGCCAGAUAUUAUAAAAUGUAAUUGCAGAUCCCCUAACGGAGUAGCGUAUUUUCUCUAGCUUGAGAUGUUGCAUAACUUCCUUUAUUUAAUGUUUAAAAGUAGGAGGAAACCGAUCCUUCCACUUAAAUAGUAUAAGACGUCUAGCUAGAAGAGUAGUAAAUGCCAGCAUGUUGCCCAUAGAACUGUUUAGACGGGCCUCCUGUGGUGCCACUCCGAAAAUGCAAUAAAGACAGAAGGUUCUAUAGGUCUCUCCAGUAUCUUAGAAAACGUCUCAAAAAUUGAUAUCCAGAAAUCUGUCAAUUUCAGGCAUGUCCAAAACAUGUGCAAUAAAGUAGCAGGAGCCCGCUUACAUCGGUCACAAGUGGGAUCUAUUUCUGGUCUAAUUUUGGAUAAUUUUGCCUUUGACCAAUGCAGCCAAUGAACUAUUUUAAAUUGAAUUACAGUCUUAGACAUAUAUAUGAAUAAUGUAUUCUCUGAAGCAUACUCUGCCAAAUUUCAUCUGAAAGUUGUUCACCUAAAUCCUCUUCCCGUUGGUUCUUAAGAGAGUUCAGGGAAUCCAGAUUAUGCGAGUUUAAUAACGUUGUCACGGUCGAGGUAAGGAGUAGACCAAGGCGCAGCGUGAUGAACAAACAUGACUUUAAUUAGUUAAAGCACGAAACAAAACAAGAAACGACUCGUGACGUCCACGGUAUCAAUGACCGAACACGGAACAAAAACCCACAACCACAAAGGGAAAACAUACAGUUUAAAUAUGGCUCCCAAUCAGAGACAACCAGCCAACAGCUGACACUCGUUGCCUCUGAUUGGGAGUCACUCAGGCAAACAUAGAAUACAACAAACUAGAAUGAACACCAACAUAGAAAUACACACAUAGAAAUGAACACACCCUGGCUCAACAUAAUGAGUCCCAGAGCCAGGGUGUGACAGUACCCCCCCCUAAAGGCGCGGACUGCGACCGCGCCUCAACUAAACAAACCAGGGGAGGGCUGGGCGGGCAUACCUCCUCGGCGGCGGUUCUGGCUCCGGCCUUGACCACCACCCUCCAAUACACCCCCCAUAGUGCCCCUGGUCCAGUCUGGCCCCGCCGGCUGGAGCAGGACUGGACUUAACAGGAGCGAUCCUUACCAGGCUGUCGACUCGCACCCCUGGCUUGGUGCGUGGAGGAGGAACGGGCCUUACCAGGCUGACGACUCGCACCCCUGGCUUGGUGCGUGGAGGAGGGACGGGCCUUACCAGGCUGACGACGCGCACCCCUGGCUUUGUGCGUGGAGGAGGAACGGGCCUUACCAGGCUGACGACUCGCACCCCUGGCUUGGUGCGUGGAAGAGGGACGGGCCUUACCAGGCUGACGACUCGCACCCCUGGCUUGGUGCGUGGAAGAGGGACGGGCCUUACCAGGCUGACUUCUCGCACCCCUGGCUUAGUGCGAGUGGCAGGAACAGGCCGGACCGGGCUGGCGACGCGCACCGUAGGUUUGGUGCGUGGAGCAGGGACAGGCCGGGCUGGGCUGUCGACGCACACCGUAGGCUUGGUGCGUGGAGCAGGGACAGGCCGGGCUGGGCUGUCGACGCACACCGUAGGCUUGGUGCGUGGAGCAGGGACAGGCCGAACCGGGCUGUGGAGACGGAUAGGAGGCCUGGAGUGAAGAGCGGCCACCACCCGUCCUGGCUGAAUGCCUACCCUCACACACUCUGUGUGAGGCAUCCGCACAGGACGUACAGGGCGGUGUACCCCUGGCCUGGUGGCCUUCUGGAUCCGCCCCCUUUUCUACUCCGUCAGCCCCGUCGUCCAUGCCGUGUGCCCCCCCCUAAAAAUUUUCUGGGGUUGCCUCACGACCGUCCGACGACGACCCUGAUCACGCCGUAGCUCCUCUCUACGGCGCGCCUCCACCGUCUCUUCUCCCGGCACUUCCUCCCAUGUCCAGCCCAAGAGCUGCCCCUGGACACGCUGCUUGGUCGUUGCAUGGUGGGUUUUUCUGUCACGGUCGAGGUAAGGAGUAGACCAAGGCGCAGCGUGAUGAACAAACAUGACUUUAAUUAGUUAAAGCACGAAACAAAACAAGAAACGACUCGUGACGUCCACGGUAUCAAUGACCGAACACGGAACAAAAACCCACAACCACAAAGGGAAAACAUACAGUUUAAAUAUGGCUCCCAAUCAGAGACAACCAGCCAACAGCUGACACUCGUUGCCUCUGAUUGGGAGUCACUCAGGCAAACAUAGAAUACAACAAACUAGAAUGAACACCAACAUAGAAAUACACACAUAGAAAUGAACACACCCUGGCUCAACAUAAUGAGUCCCAGAGCCAGGGUGUGACAAACGUAUAGAUCAAGCAUAUGCCCCCUUUGAUAUAAGGGUUCACUUUAAAAAAUAUAAUCUAGAAGGGAGGUAGGUGGGCAUGAUGGGAAGUGACUAGAGUAUGAAGAUACAAAACUACGCAAUUGUAGGUAUCUAAAGAAAUGGGAUCUAAGAAUAUUGAACUUUUGUACUAACUGUUCAAAAGAUGCAAAAUCCAUAUCAAUGUACAAGUCGUUCAGUGAGGAGAUCUCUUUUCCAGACCAGAUAUGAAACGCCCUGUCUACUGUUUCCUUUAUUUUGGCAGUUACCUGUAGGUGUUUUAUUUUUCCACAACAUUUAUAUACAGUUGAAGUCGGAAGUUUACAUACACUUAGGUUUUCAACCACUCCACUAAUUUCUGGUUAAUUUCCAAACUAUCGUUUUGGCAAGUCGGUUAGGACAUCUACUUUGUGCAUGACACAAGCAAUUUUUCCAACAAUUGUUUACAGACAGAUUAUUUCACUUAUAAUUCACUGUAUCACAAUUCCAGUGGGUCAGAAGUUUACAUACACUAAAUUGUCAUGGCUUUAGAAGCUUCUGAUAGGCUAAUUGAAAUCAUUUGAGUCAAUUGGAGGUGUACCUGUGGAUGUAUUUCAAGGCCUACCUUCAAACUCAGUGCCUCUUUGCUUGACAUCAUAGAAAAAUCAAAAGAAAUCAGCCAAGACCUCAGAGAAAUUUGUAGACCUCCACAAGUCUGGUUCAUUGUUGGGAGCAAUUUCCAAACACCUGAAGGUACCACGUUCAUCUGUACAAACAAUAGUACGCAAGUAUAAACACCAUGGGACCACGCAGCCGUCAUACUGCUCAGGAAGGAGACGCGUUCUGUCUCCUAGAGAUGAAUGUACUUUGGUGCGACAAGUGCAAAUCAAUCCCAGAACAACAGCAAAGGACCUUGUGAAGAUGCUGGAGGAAACUGGUAAAAAAGUAUCUAUAUCCACAGUAAAACAUGUCCUAUAUCGACAUAACCUGAAAGGCCACGCAGCAAGGAAGAAGCCACUGCUCCAAAACCGCCAUAAAAAAGCCAGACAACGGUUUGCAACUGCACAUGGGGACAAAGAUCUUACUUUUUGGAGAAAUGUCCUCUGGUCUGAUGAAACAAAAAUAGAACUGUUUGGCCAUAAUGACCAUCGUUAUGUUUGGAGGAAAAAGGGAGUGCUUGCAAGCCAAAGAACACCAUCCCAACCAUGAAGCAUGGGGUAGCAGCAUCAUGCUGUGGGGGUGCUUUGCUGCAGGAGGGACUGGUGCACUUCACAAAAUAGAUUGCAUCAUGAGGAAGGAAAAUGAUGUGGAUAUAUUGAAGCAACACCUCAAGACAUCAGUCAGGAAGUUAAAGCUUGGUCGCAAAUGGGUCUUCCAAAUGGACAAUGACCCCAAGCAUACUUCCAAAAUUGUGGCAAAAUGGCUUAAGGACAACAAAGUCAAGGUAUUGGAGUGGCAAUCACAAAGCCCUGACCUCAAUCCUAUAGAACAUUUGUAGGCAGAACUGAAAAAGCGUGUGUGAGCAAGGAGGCCUACAAACCUGACUCAGUUAAACCAGCUCUGUCAGGAGGAAUGGGCUAAAAUUCACCCAACUUAUUGUGGGAAGCUUGUGGAAGGCUACCCAAAACGUUUGACCCAAGUUAAACAAUUUAAAGGCAAUGCUACCAAAUACUAAUUGAGUGUAUGUAAACUUCUGACCCACUGGGAAUGUGAUGAAAUAAAUAAAAGCUGAAAUAAAUCAUUCUCUCUACUAUUAUUCUGACAUUUCACAUUCUUAAAAUAAAGUGGUGAUCCUAACUGACCUAAGACAGGGAAUUUUUACUAAGAUUAAAUGUCAGGAAUUGUGAAAAACUGAGUUUAAAUGUAUUUGGCUAAGGUGUAUGUAAACUUCCGACUUCAACUGUAAGUGUCGUUGAGCUGAUGAGUGCUGCUAUGACCAUUUCAAUGAUAAAAGUAUAUUCCCUGCUCUGUCAGGAGGCGAAAAUCAUGGUGGUGCCGUGCCCCAGUGUCCAGCCCAUCGAGGAGGCCCUGGAGGACUGUACGCGUAACGUGGUUCCCAUCAUGCUCUACGCCCUCAACCAGGACUCCCUCACUGCUGAGCAGGUGGCUGAGCUAAUGAAAGUCAAAGAGAUGCUCAUCUUCCCCAUUUGCUUCGUCCGUAUCCCUGCCACCCCACCCGAGGCCUCCCCCGAGCCCAGCCGGCGCCUGGAGAAGGAGAAGGAGAGGGAGAGGAGCCCCCUCUACAAGCAGCUGCUGUCCCUGGGCUUCCUCAGCACUCCGGUGGGAAACUGCUCCUGCGGAGCCCCCUCCCAGACACCCAGCCCGGCCGUCAAGCCCCAGAGCGUCCUGGGGGAGGCCUUUGAGAGGCUGCACCGCCUCCUGGUGCCCUUCGCCCGCCAAGUGCUCCACAACCAGCAGGUGGAGGUUGCUAACCUGCUUAACGGGGUCCACUGCCGCUGCCUUGACCUCUUCAUCAACCAGGUCAGUAGGGGGGCGGCUGUGUCUGUGGGAAAUAAUCAACCAAUCAAUUAGCUAAUCAAAUAAAAUCUGUAUAGCGUCACAAAAUGUAUAACAGAAACUUGUUUAAUUUGAAGGCAUGACUACAGUAGGGAGACAUUACUCUGACUAUGUAGUGGUAGUGGUGGCAGAUGGACUUUUCCUCCUCUCCCUGGUUGCAGGCAUUUGACAUGCAGAGGGACCUGCAGAUCACGCCGCGGCGGCUGGAGUACACACGGGAGAAGGAGGGCGAGCUGUUCACCUCCCUGAUGGCCAUCGCCAACCGCAAGCAGGAGGAGAUGAAAGAGAUGAUCGUGGAGACGCUGAGCAGCAUGAAGGAGCAGCUGCUGGAGGACGCUGCCAACCUGGAGUUCACAGGUACACUGCCUGUCACAGGCCACAAGGUCAAAGGUCAAAACUAAAGACUGAUACUGUAAAAUGUCUCUGAGAUCAUCGCAUACUAUAGUACUACUGACCCUAAGCUGACCCUCAGUUGUUGAUUAAUGACACUGAGUUGACAAGACACAACCUUGAGGUGACCUGUGUUGUAGCUCAGUAAAAAUACCUUAAUAGUUAAUGUGGGAGAUACAGCCGACACAAUAAGGAGAUACAGCCGACACAAUAAGGAGAUACAGCCGACACAAUAAGGAGAUACAGCCAAAGACACAAUAAGGAGAUACAGCCAAAGACACAAUAAGGAGAUACAGCCAAAGACACAAUAAGGAGAUACAGCCAAAGACACAAUAAGGAGAUACAGCCAAAGACACAAUAAGGAGAUACAGCCAAAGACACAAUAAGGAGAUACAGCCAAAGACACAAUAAGGAGAUACAGCCAAAGACACAAUAAGGAGAUACAGCCAAAGACACAAUAAGGAGAUACAGCCAAAGACACAAUAAGGAGAUACAGCCAAAGACACAAUAAGGAGAUACAGCCAAAGACACAAUAAGGAGAUACAGCCAAAGACACAAUAAGGAGAUACAGCCAAAGACACAAUUAGUUGAAAAAUGCGUCCUCAUCAAAGUGUUGACCUGGUAUGAACAGUGUCCAAGUUAUUUGCUGUUGCAGCAGCACAUGCUUCAUAUUAUGGCACAAUCAGAAAAACUAAAUUGUCUUUAUUUAAUUUUCACAAUGUUAUACUUUGACAGUGUCAGUUCAACCUGCAAGCCAGGACAGUUGCGACACUGUCACUCUCACAUUUUUGGACGUGAGCCAGAUUUGGAAUUUUUAUUUUAUUUUUAUUUCACCUUUAUUUAACCAGGUAAGCCAGUUGAGAACAAGUUCUCAUUUACAACUGCGACCUGGCCAAGAUAAAGCAAAGCAGUGCGAUAAAAACAACAACACAGAGUUACAUAUGGGGUAAAACAAAACAAAGUAAAAAAUACAACAGAAAUAAAUAUAUAUACAGUGUGUGCAAAUGUAGCAAGUUAUGGAGGUAAGGCAAUAAAUAGGCUAUAGUGCAAAAUCAUUACAAUUAGUAUUAACACUGGAAUGAUAGAUGUGCAAGAGAUGAUGUGCAAAUAGAGAUACUGGGGUACAAAUGAGCAAAAUAAAUAACAAUAUAGGGAUGAGGUAGUUGGGCGGGCUAAUUUCAGAUGGGCUGUGUACAGGUGCAGUGAUCGGUAAGGUGCUCUGACAACUGAUGCUUAAAGUUAGUGAGGGAGAUAAGUGUCUCCAGCUUCAGAGAUUUUUGCAAUUUGUUCCAGUCAUUGGCAGCAGAGAACUGGAAGGAAUGGCGGCCAAAGGAGGUGUUGGCUUUGGGGAUGACCAGUGAGAUAUACCUGCUGGAGCGCAUACUACGGGUGGGUGUUGCUAUGGUGACCAAUGAGCUAAGAUAAGGCGGGGAUUUGCCUAGCAGUGAUUUAUAGAUGGCCUGGAGCCAGUGGGUUUGGCGACGAAUAUGUAGUGAGGACCAGCCAACAAGAGCGUACAGGUCACAGUGGUGGGUAGUAUAUGGGGCUUUGGAGACAAAACGGAUGGCACUGUGAUAGACUACAUCCAAUUUGCUGAGUAGAGUGUUGGAGGCUAUUUUGUAAAUGACAUCGCCGAAGUCAAGGAUCGGUAGGAUAGUCAGUUUUACGAGGGCAUGUUUGGCAGCAUGAGUGAAGGAAGCUUUGUUGCGAAAUAGGAAACCGAUUCUAGAUUUAACUUUGGAUUGGAGAUUCUUAAUGUGAGUCUGGAAGGAGAGUUUACAGUCUAACCAGACACCUAGGUAUUUGUAGUUGUCCACAUACUCUAGGUCAGACCCGUCGAGAGUAGUGAUUCUAGUCGGGUGGGCGGGUGCAAGCAGCGUUCGGUUGAAGAGCAUGCAUUUAGUUUUACUAGUGUUUAAGAGCAGUUGGAGGCUACUGAAGGAGUGUUGUAUGGCAUUGAAGCUCGUUUGGAGGUUUGUUAACACAGUGUCCAAUGAAGGGCCAGAUGUAUACAAAAUAGUGUCGUCUGCGUAGAGGUGGAUCUGAGAGUCACCAGCAGCAAGAGCGACGUCAUUGAUAUACACAGAGAAAAGAGUCGGCCCAAGAAUUGAACCCUGUGGCACCCCCAUAGAGACUGCCAUAGGUCCAGACAACAGGCCCUCCGAUUUGACACAUUGAACUCUAUCAGAGAAGUAGUUGGUGAACCAGGCGAGGCAGUCAUUUGAGAAACCAAGGCUAUUUAGUCUGCCAAUAAGAAUGCGGUGGUUGACAGAGUCGAAAGCCUUGGCCAGGUCAAUGAAAACGGCUGCACAGUACUGUCUAUUAUCGAUCGCGGUUAUAAUAUCGUUUAGGACCUUGAGCGUGGCUGAAGUGCACCCAUGACCAGCUCGGAAACCGGAUUGCAUAGCGGAGAAGGUACGGUGGGAUUCGAAAUGGUCGGUGAUCUGUUUGUUAACUUGGCUUUCAAAAACUUUUGAAGGGCAGGAUGGAUAUGGGACUGUAACAGUUUCGAUCUAGAGUGUCACCCCCUUUGAAGAGGGGGAUGACCGCGGCAGCUUUCCAAUCUCUGGGGAUCUCAGACGUUACGAAAGAGAGGUUGAACAGGCUAGUAAUAGGGGUUGCGACAAUUUCGGCGGCUAGUUUUAGAAAGAAAGGGUCCAGAUUGUCUAGCCCAGAUGAUUUGUAGGGGUCCAGAUUUUGCAGCUCUUUCAGAACAUCAGCUGUCUGGAUUUGUGUGAAGGAGAAGUGGGGGGGGCAUGGGCAAGUUGCAGCGGAGGGUGCAGAGCUGGUGGCCGGGGUAGUGGUAGCCAGGUGGAAAGCAUGGCCAGCCGUAGCAAAAUGCUUGUUGAAAUUCUCGAUUAUUGUAGAUUUAUCGGUGGUGAUAGUGUUUCCUAGCCUCAGUGCAGUGGGCAGCUGGGAGGAAGUGCUCUUAUUUUCCAUGGACUUUACAGUGUCCCAAAACUUUUUGGAGUUAGUGCUACAGGAUGCAAAUUUCUGUUUGAAAAAGUUAGCCUUUGCUUUCCUAACUGCUUGUGUAUAUUGGUUCCUAACUUCCCUGAAAAGUUGCAUAUCGUGGGGGCUAUUUGAUGCUAAUGCAGUACGCCACAGGAUGUUUUUGUGCUGGUAAAGGGCAGUCAAGUCUGAGGAGAACCAGGGUUGUGUUCUUAGUUCUGUAUUUUUUGAAUGGGGCAUGUUUAUUUAAGAUUGAGAGGAAAUUACUUUUAAAGAACAACCAGGCAUCCUCUACUGACGGAAUGAGAUCUAUAUCCAUCCAGGAUACCUGGGCCAGGUCAAUUAGGAAGGCCUGCUCGCUGAAGUGUUUUUGGGAGCGUUUGACAGUGAUGAGGGGUGGUCGUUUGACCGCGGACCCGUUACGGACGCAGGCAAUAAGGCAGUGAUCGCUGAGAUCCUGGUUGAAGACAGCGGAGGUGUAUUUAGAGGGUAAGUUAGUCAGGAUGAUAUCUAUGAGGGUACCCAUGUUUACGGAUUUAGGGUUGUACCUGGUAGGUUCGUUGAUAAUUUGUGUGAGAUUGAGGGCAUCUAGUUUAGAUUGUAGGAUGGCCGGGGUGUUAAGCAUAUCCCAAUUUAGGUAACCAAGCAGUACGAACUCUGAGGAUAGAUGGGGGGCAAUCAAUUCACAUAUGGUGUCCAGGGCACAGCUGGGGGCUGAGGGGGGUCUGUAGCAAGCGGCAACAGUGAGAUUUAUUUCUGGAAAGGUGGAUUUUUAGAAGUAGAAGCUCAAACUGUUUGGGCACAGACCUGGAUAGUAUGAUAGAGCUCUGCAGGCUAUCUCUACAGUAGAUUGCAACUCCACCCCCUUUGGCAGUUCUAUCUAGACGGAAAAUGUUAUAGUUGGGGAUGGAAAUUUCAGAAUUUUUGGUGGCCUUCCUAAGCCAGGAUUCAGACACUGCUAGAACAUCAGGGUUGGCGGAGUGUGCUAACGCAGUGAAUAACUCAAACUUAGGAAGGAGGCUUCUGAUAUUUACGUGCAGAAAACCAAGGCUUUUACGGUUACAGAAGUCAACAAAUGAUAGCUCCUGGGGAGUAGGAGUGAUACUGGGGGCUGCAGGGCCUGGGUUAGCCUCUACAUCACCAGAGGAACAGAGGAGGACUAGAAUAAGGAUACGACUAAAGGCUUUAAGAACUGGUCUUCUAGUGCGUUGGGUACAUAGAAUAAAGGGGGCAGUUCUCCGGGCGUUGUAGAAAAGAUUCAGGGCAUUAUGUACAGAAAAUGAUAUGGAAGGAUAUGAGUACAGUUGAGGUAAACCUAAGCGUUGGGUAACAAUGAAAGAGAUAGCAUCACUGGAGGCACCGAUUGAGCCGGUCUCGGCGUGUAUGGGGGGUGGAACAAAGGAACUAUUUGAGGCAGUUUGAGAGGGACUAGGGGUUCUACAGUGAAAUUGUAUAAUAAGAACUAACCCAAACAGCAAUAGGCAAGGCAUAUUGACAAGGGAGAGAGGCAUAAAGCAAUCACAGGUGUUAUUAGAGAGAGCUAAGACAACAACUGGUAAUAGCGAUAAAGUUUGGGCUGAGGCUAAACAGAAUAAACAGGACAGGGUACCGUGUAAAGGAACAGUCCAGCAGGCAUCAGCUGUGCAGCUGAGUGAUCAUAAGGUCCAGUGAACAGCAAUAUGUGAGUCCGAGAGCAGUUCAAAUUGGUGCUUCAGCACAGCUAGCAGGGAGCACAGUUGUAGUUUGCGUGUGCUAGCGGGCCGGGGCUAGCAGAUGGAUCUUCGUGGUCGUCGCAACGGGAAGCCUGUUGAAACCACAUCAGACGAUUUCGUCGGCAAACCAGUCGUGUUGGAUCGGCGGGGCUCAGUGUCAACACUAGGAGGUCCCGUCCGGUUGACAGAGAGGUAGAUAGCCGGGAGAUGGGCCUGAGGCUAGCUCAAGGCUAACUGGUGCUUGCUAUAGGGCAAUGGUAAUUAGCCAACAACAGGUUGCAGCUAGCUAGCUGGUUGCGAUGAUCCGGCGCUAGGGUCCAGUGAUUCCGGCAGAAAGUCCGAUAAGCUCUGGGUCGAUAGCACGCUGUGAAUUGUCCAGGCUAGAGCUAGAGCUGGCUGGUGGAUAGUGUAGGCCACAGACAAUGGUGAAGAUGCUAACGGUGACUAAUAGCAAGUAGCCAUUCAGUUGCAGCUACACUAGUUUCAGCUUAAGGUUCUUGAUGAAAGUUAUAAAGAAAUAAUAGAAUCCUUUCCACGUUGGGUGAGGCGGGUUGCAGGAAAGUAUAUUUAGUUAAAGAAUGAAAAGUAAAAAUUGAGAAAUAUAUACAAAAUAGACCCAAAAAACAAGAAACGGGAUAUUUACACUAGGACAAUUAAUAAAACCGCGACCGCACUGCUACGCCAUCUUGGAUCAUAUGAUAGAGAUAACCUUGUUGUUCUCAAUUGUCGACUACGCUGAAAAACAAAAAAACUAAUAAUUUGCAAUGGACAAAACAAUGCAUCACAUUCACAAGUAUUAUGUCACACAACAUAUUUUCGGAGGACUGUUCUAUGUAAAAGGUGUCUGACUACAUGAACACCUCUGGAGAGUGAACAGGAGUGAGUGUGAUCUGGCAGAGGAAGCCCAGUCUCAAAGGGAAGGGGAUGUCCUCAGCUCAUUAUGUCAUUAUGCUGCUCCAUUACAGAAGAUGUCCAACUCGUGGCUCCCUCCCAGAGUAGAGCCCAUUCAGCCCGUCGUCAUGGCAGCCACUCCUAUUUAGAGUUGAGAGACCAGAGAGAGAGAAACCAGCGAGAGAGAGAGAGACCAGAGAGAGAGAGACCAGAGAGAGUGAGAGGCACACAGACCAGACAGUGACUGGCUGGAUUCAUAAGACACAACACUCCAGUGUUCAGUCUCAGUGCCAUUCAGUUAGCAACAGCAGCAGGUGUCAAUAUGAUACUAUGCCAAAAGCUCAUCAAAUGUUGCCAGAAAAAUUUCAUGAAUACCACAAAUUCCUCUUGACAGUUUACAAAAGACCAUUUAGCCUACUUGUAAAAUGUCCCAACUGUGAAAUUUCACCACACUUUUGUUCCAUUUGCAAAUGGCUCAAGAGUUCAAGGGACAGCCCUGUUCUAGCCGUGCAAUCAACAUAACCACACUAUAACACAAUAGCAUGAACUCAGUCACCGCAUGAGGGUUGCAUGGUAGUGGCGUGUAACCAACCUACAUUAUCUUUCACUCACGCUUUCAUUCACAUUAUCUCUCUUUCUGACCUCACAGACCUCAUAGUGGCGACCAACGGAGAGCCUGUUACCUCGAAGGACAUCAAGUCUUGCAUCCACCAGAUCCAGGAGCUGAUAGUGGUGAGGUUGAACCAGGCGGUGGCCAACAAGCUGAUCAGCUCUGUGGACUACCUGAGGGAGAGCUUCGUAGGAACCCUGGAGCGCUGUCUAAACAGCCUGGAGAAGUCCAACAUGGAGUCAUCUGUCCACAAUGUCACCUCCAACCACCUCAAACAGGUGUGUGAUUGUACAGUAUACUGUAUGUCAACCAUGUCAAAUGAAGCUUGUUUUGUUCAGAAGUGCCUUUUCUGUUUACUCUGUACUACAUUAUGUUGACCAUAUCAUUGAUAAGAUGUCCAAAUACCAUUAGAUAUCUGAGAUUAAUUCAAUAGAAGGAUUCCUCAAAAGUCAAUAGAAAAGACAGGAUAAAAGACAAUGACCUUUUUUCCUAUGAGACAGUUGGUCUAAGUUAAAUGAUAACAUCUUGUUCUGUUUUCUCUCCAUCUCACUUCCUCUCCUGGUCAGAUCCUUAACGCUGCCUAUCACGUGGAGGUGACCUUCCAUUCAGGAUCAUCUGUUACGAGACUCGUCUGGGAGCAGAUCAAACAGGUAACCAUUCCCAGUCAAGCCUCAGGAAUCUACUUCAAUUGUAGGGCUUUGCAAUAACAACAAAUGUUGAUUUGAUUUUAACCUUGAUUUAUUUCUGGUGUACUCUCUCUCUUUCUCUCUCUCUGUCUCUCUCUUCUGUCUCUCUCUCCUUCUCUUUCUCUCCUCCCCUAUGUAGAUCAUUCAGAGGAUAACGUUUGUGAACCCUCCUGCCAUCACUACAGAGUGGAAGAGGAAGGUGGCCCAGGAUGCCAUAGAAAGCCUGAGUGCUGCCAAGCUGGCUAAGAGUAUCUGUUCCCAGUUCAGAACACGACUCAACAGCUCCCACGACGCAUUCGCUGCCUCCCUGCGACAGGUACACCAACUAACUCUCAACCACAUUCCCAACCCGGCUUCAGCUAAUCUUUUUGUCUCAAACAAACUUUUUUAUGCACCUUCACGCUCUCCGUAAGGUGCCCUCUUCUCUAUUGCACUCUUCAUCCAAUCAGGUUUGGUCUUCGCUACUUUUUACUUUCUGUUUGAAAAGACGUUAUAAUUACCUUCUUUCAACCAUUCUCUGGUUGUAAUGAUGAUGUAAUUUCAACCAGUUUUGCCAGGUUCUCUCUUCACGCUAGCUCUUGGGACUUUAAAACCUUGCAAUGUGUCACUUCAGCAACUCUCCAGUUACAAAUUUAGUGUUGUAAGGAGUCUGAUUUUCUGCUUGAUUUUCUUUUACCUUUGAUGUCAAUGGUCAAAUUGCUGUGAUGGUUGUCCCCACAUGACUGACAAUGUGAUUCCCAUCAUUGAUAAAGACCCUUGUUAAGUAUCACAGUGAUUUCAACAAAGCCCAGUUUGAACUAGGACGCCAUAUUAGAGAUUAAAACACAAUAUAUUGAAAACAUGGAUUAUUUGGCCUGUGUUUGCCGGAAUGAUUUUAUGAUUUAUCUGAUAUCUAGGCCUAGAUUGUUUUUCUGUUUGCAGUUUGCAAUUGUUUUUUUUAUGAUGAUCUUAUCUUAUGGGUUUACAAGUAGCUGGAGUGUCGUUAACGUUUGUUGGGUUAAUUUCAACCAAUGAUGUGUGUGUGUGUGUGUAGCUGGAGGAGGGCCACACGGGGCGGUUGGAGCGUACUGAGGACCUGUGGCUGCGUGUGAGGAAGGACCACGCCCCGCGGCUGGCACGCCUGUCUCUGGAGAGCCGCUCCCUCCGAGACGUGCUACUGCAUGGUGAGACACACAGACUAGCUGCUCUAUCCACUGGGCCCUGGGCUCUAUCACCAACAGUAAACACUCUGCCUGGGUGCCACGCUCUCACAGGCUAAAAAGGCCCAGAACCUGUAUUUAUGACCGACAACAAAAUCAACAACACAAUAUUCUUCCAACUUUGUCAUGAAGUUGACCAGUAGUUGACAUUGAUGUCACUGGAGAUGUUGGUUUUGUGAAAAUGAAUUGACAUGUUUCUCUCUUCCUGGCAGGCAAGCCCAAGCUUGGGCGAGAGCUGGGGCGGGGUCAGUAUGGAGUGGUCUAUCUGUGUGACAGCUGGGGGGGACGCUACCCCUGCGCUCUGAAGUCAGUUGUACCGCCCGACGACAAGCACUGGAACGACCUCGCCCUGGAGUUUCACUACACCAGGUGAGCUGGCCCAGCCAGUGGAGAGGAAAGGGUUACGACAAGCUGCUGCUAUCCUAUAUGGCCACACCUGUGCCAUGGAUCUCAGACAUACCCUUUCAGUUUGGAGUUUUAACCAUUGCUGAAUGUACUAUAAUUUCAAUAAAGCAUGCCUUUAAACUGACACCUAAGGUAGUAAUAGAAAGUCAACUGAGUGAACUUAUUUUGCAGUAUAAAAAUUGGUCCAUACUCAAGUGAAAAGUAGUCCUCCAAUAAAAAAGAAUGGUGACUAAUUUGUCAUUAACAAAACUCUUCUUUAUUGGUGUUGACAGCUCUUUGUAUAACGCAUGUACUGGUAAAACCACCACACCCUCUAGGAUAACGAAAAAAACAUAUAUUCUGCUUGCCGGAGCACAUGUUUUUCUCUCUAGGGCAAUGAAAUGGCAUCUGGUGCUGCGUGCAUUUAGUGUACAUCUCAGCAUGUUCAUUUCAUAUAACUGCAGCCUUUCACUGUGUAAUUUCACGGUUCACCUGCUAUAAAAGCUCACUAAUGCAGUUCAUGGAGAAGUAACCACUCAUGUCUGUGGCCAGAUGCCAGUGUUGGAACUGUGAUGCCUCUGUCCCGUUGUGACUGAUAGAAGAAUUGAAUACACCAUGCAGCUGUAAAGGAAAAGUUGUGGUACUGUAUUUGCGGGCCAGACUCCACAAGGGGGCAAAAGGGGGCUUAGCCCCCUCAGUUGAAACUUGUGCCCACUCAGUUUUCGUUUUAUGUCUCUAUAUAAAAAUAGAAAAAAAGUUUAAAUGAUUGAGUGACAGGUUGGCGCAUAAUCUGUAUCUCCGCUGCGCUGUGUCAGCACAAUGGACAGAGUUCACCGAGGUGUGUGUAGGGGGCUAUGGAAAGCCACUGGGGUGGUUAUGUAGGAUUUCUUUGGGUUUCUCUAAAAAGUGGGAAAAAAACUCUUCUCAUCUGUGGUAGGCUAAGUAAAUAAUGUGAUACGUCUCCUACUUGUUAUAUUAGAUUUAGAUUUAUAAGGGCGGGCCAAGUUUCCCAUUGAAGCUGGUUCACUUUACUCUGCCUCACGCCCCACCACUAGAGUUUAGUUAGCUUCUUAGCUAGCGUUAGUGUUAUUAGAAUUAGCCUAUUUAGCUAGCUCGAACCAGCUAAUCUGCCACUGCCACGAUGGAUAUCAGAAAUAGGCUUCGCCAAAGUACCCAAACAAAGCCAAACGGAGGAGAGCGAUGAGCAGCAGCAUUAAACCACCGAGGCCGCCGCCAAGCACAGCAGUGAUGGUGCUGCCGAGCUCCGGCUUGCUCCUUGUGCAGAACCUACCCACCUUCCACAAGUGCCGCCAGGAUAAUGGCUCCACAGCCCUCUCCACCUCCGACUGUUCCUGACGAUCUUGGAACAGAGGAGCCAGCCCAGGUUAGCCUAGAAUCCUACCCUAGCCGCAGCUUUUCUGCCCCAAAACAUUCAUUUUAAUAGCAACUGGUUUAUAGGAAGAGAGUGUCUGGAAUACUCGGUUACUGCAGAAUUCAAUAUAAUUCCAAUGCAAAAACCCAAAUGACACCCCUGGGUAUAGCUACAUAUCGGAAGUUACAAAUGUAACUAUGGUUCUACGAAUACCUGGAAGACCGUCAGUACGGUUGAAAGUAUGGAUUAUAGCUCUAUCGCGCUCCGCGCAGGUCGAGUAAUAAAUAACAACAAAGUCACACCGGUUAUGUGACAGCGUGGGAGGACGUGCCCCUGCGGUUCAUAUAAAACCGUACGUCAGACCACGCACUGUCUCAGAGAAUCUUCUCGCCCAAAAGAUUCAGAGUGACAGGAAAGUACUGACAGUCUUCCAGGUAUUCGUAGAACCAUAGUUACAUUCGUAACUUCCGUUCUACUUCAUACCUUUCAGACAGUCAGUACGGUUGACAGUAUGGAUGACUCAUACCAACAAGGUCACGAGGAAUAGCACUACUAACCUCUGAUUAAUGCACCAGUGCCACUGGAAGAAUGGCAGAGCCCAUGGUGUGGCAGGAUUUGACGUUGACCUUGUAAAAUCUUGAGAACGUACAGGGUGACGACCAGGUAGCAGCUGCGCAUAUCUCAUUCAGGGGGAAGCCUCUCAGCGCAGCCCAGGAUGUGGCGACACUUCUGGUCGAGAGGCAUAUCACACCUUCUGGGACAGGGAGCCCUACUCCCUUAUAGGCCUGAGUGAUGACAUCCACAACCCAGUGUGAAAGCCUCUGCUUGGACAAUGCAAGUCCUUUUGACUUCCCACUGAAGCACAGAAACAGCUGGUCUGACUUCCUGUAGUGCUCCGAGGCUUGCAUAUAGCGUUUGAGGGAACGGACUGGACACAGGAGAUUUGCUCACUCCUCCUCCGCAUUCUGGAAAGGAGGGGGACAGUAGGCCGCCAGUUCGAUGGCUUGAUUGAUGUGAAGGGGUGAUAAACCCUUAGGCAAAAAGGCUGGAUUGGGCCAUAAGGUCACGCCUAGGUUGUCUGCCUUCCAUUGUGGGCAGACAGGGCUCAUAGAGAGCGCGUGGAGCUUACUCACACGUUUCGCUGAUGAAAUAGCUAAGAGGAAAGCCGUUUUCAGAGAGAACCAUUUUAUGUCUGGCUCCUCCGUAUGCUCGAAAGGAUGUUUUGUCCGGUAAUAGCAGGAUCGCAGCCGAUCAGUAGAGGGUCGGGCUCUUCAGAGGCCACACCCAUAGCUGUAGUUGGUCUGGGCUGGUAUGCCAUAUCCUGCAUUCCAACUGUGAAAGCAGGUCCUGUCUGUGAAUGAGCUGCCAUGGCUCUCCCUCCAGAUGACUGAGGAGGGUUGGAAACAAGGGUCUCCCUUCUAGGGGCUACAAGCAUACAGUACUCUCCUCGUACAGACCUGUGUUGCCACCCUGCUCCCCAGCCUGUUAGCGAAGCGUCGGUCGUCACUACCUCCCGCUUUGCCGGAAUUGAUCCAAGAGGGACACCUGUAGUCAGGUAGGCUCUCUACCUCCACGGCCGCAGAGUAGCACACCCUUGUCAUCCGUAUUUUGGUGUUUCUGUCCCGCUUGGGGUCCAAGCAGGGGUUGUUGAACCACCCUUUUAGUGGCCUUAAAGACAGCAGGUCUAACGUUGUCACUGCGGAGGCCACCGCGAGAAUGCACAUCAGUUGUUGGAACGUUCGUACCUUCACCAAUGCAUUCAACUGAAAUUGUUGCAGAAGAAGAAUGCUGUCCACACGCUGAGGUGUUAUACAUGCCCUCAUAGUGCGGGAGUUCAGAGCCAUGGAAUAAAGGUGACCUUUUGGCUUGGUGUGAAGUUGCUCUUUUGGUUGUUCAUGGUAAGACCCAGUGCGGUGACGUGGUUCAGUGUCAGCGCUGUGCCCUCGGCCGCACACUCGCGAGAGGGCGCGUAGAUGAGUCAGUCAUCGAAGUACGGAAGGAUCUUGAUCCCUUGUAGGUAGAGGAAGCUCAGGGCUGCGCUCAAUCAUCUUGUGAAGACACGAGGAGCCAUGGAGAGACCGAAGGGUAAUACCACAAACUGGUAUGCCUGGCCCUGGAAGGCGACACGCAGAAAAUGGCUGUGUUCCGGUAACACAGGAAUGUGAAAGUAAGCAUCCUUUAAGUCCAGGGACGUGAACCAUUCCCCUGCGGCUACGAUCUGGAGAACGUCGACCGUCUGCAACAUGUGAAAGUGGAGAACUUUUAGGAAAACAUUGAACCUCUUGGGGGUUGGGGGAGUGGCUGCAUCGCUGUCUGCGGCUGGCGAGCACCUGUGUUAGGCUGGUGGUAGGACCAAGGGCGUGUGUAGGGCUGGGCCGUGAGCGCGGCGAGGUUCACAGGUGUCAGGCCUCACUCUGCCACGACUGUGGUGCCUGGUUUCUGGGCUGUGGGUUCCACAGUGGUGUAGCCUGACUCUGUUUUCUACGUUCAAUGGCCCGCUCAGCUGCGGGGCCGAAGAGCAGUCUGGGGACCACUGGGAGAUUUCUCAGCGUCCGUCUGGAGUCAUCGGGCUUGGGCAAGCCAGACCUGGCGACGAGUCACAACAAGGGUGGACAUCAGUCUGCCUAACUCUCUGGUCAUGAACGCUUGAAGAGAUGCGUCAUUCAGGUUGCAGAGGUCCAGGUCUGCGUGCUCCGGCUGGAGAAUCCUGUUCUGUGCUAGCAUGAGCACUGAGAAGGAAUUCCCAAUGCGGGCCAUGCGGGCCGCUGUGUCGUAGGCCCGUGACAGUAGCUCAUCUGUGGCCCUGCAUUGAGGUCUGGGGCAGUGGGCGUCAUCUUUCAGGGCUUCAUCUGGGGAGAGCAUUAGCUCUGCUAUGCAUUCAUCCACCUUAGGCAUAUGGUCCAGCCCAUGUUGUUUUGCGUCACACAUGGCAGAUAGCGUCCUGCUGUCCUUGCCGUGCUGGGCAAGGGCCCGCGGGUCAGCCCAGCAUCUAUGAAGCUCCGUAAGAAAAGCCGGUGAAGGUGGCACAUUGAAUGGUGUAGCUGCCGGGGCCUUCUUAAAGAAUGGGUUAGCUGCAGGGGCUGAGGCUUGAGGGUCAUCAAGCCUAGCUAAGGCCGCACGCAGGACCACGCGUAGUGAGGCAGAGCUUCCUUCUGACUCCGUGUGAUCAGAGCCUUGGAAUGACUCCUCUGCCCCAUCUUUAGCGUUGAGACUGAAUGGGUCCACAACACUGGUUGGCACUUCCUUCACCAUGUUGGGUGUGUCAUCAUCCUGGUCACUAAAGUGCCGGUUGGAUGUCCAAGUGGACAGCAGGUCAUCAACCCGGCUAUCUGGGGGGACGCAACAGAGUCCUCUGUUGCGUCCCCCAUGCUGGAGGGUGUGCUAGAGGGCCUCGACUCAGAUAAGGAAUUGACCUUCCGAAUUAGGCUCUUAUUUUUGUACUUUUUUACCGGGGGGGCAUCGGUUUCGUGGGCUUUCCCUCUUUUGGUGGCCCUGGGUGGGUCCUGGUGAACAACGCUGGACGCUGGUAAAUUAUCUGUGAAAACCAGGCCCUCAACUCUGGCUAGCCGCGCUUCUCUCACCUUCACAGGCAGGAUGGCGCAGUUAACGCAGGGGUCAGAAAGGGCCUCACGCAGGUGGCCAAUGUCUAGGCAGGCGGGGCACAGGUCAUGACCAUCUUCUACUAGUUCAGCUCCACAAGAGGAGCAGCCAUGCAUGCAAUACACUGAUUCAUCAAAUGAACUAAUAUAAUAGUAACCGAAGACUGUAUACAACAGCUACAAUAAUCUGUCGGGAGCUGUACAGCACCCGCAAAAAUAAAUAAUUUUGGGUGAGCCUAGCUAUGACCACAGGGCUGGAGCAGGAGAGGUAACAUGUUUGAACGUAGGCUUAUUUAUGCGAAACAUGCAGAAAUGGCCGUCGUUUGUUAAGGCAAGCUGACAACACACAGUGGCAGCUAUGUGGAGUUGAUAAGCUAGCUGACGACACACAGUGGCAGCUAGGUUGAGUUAGUAAACUAGCUAGCUAGCUUGUAGCAUGCUAGUAAUACCAGGGGAGAGGGAUGCCUAGGGGAGGCAAUCCGAAUCUCACGUCAUAUAGCUGGCUAGGCUAACAAUCUUCCUAGAUGUGGUUAUCUAGGGAAGUGACCCAUUCGAGUUUUAAAUAGUCGAAGGACGACUAGUGCCCAGUGGCCUCGAUAACGAGCACAGCAGUGGAGGAUAUCUUGACAAGGUUAGCACCAGAGUAGUCAGCACAAGACAAGGAAGCCAGAUAUCCUCUGAUAAAAGGGAUAGGUAGGGGAGAGCUGUCACACAGCCUUGGAGGGCGAAUUUCGUGCUCUGACUCACAGGUCACAGGCUGUUGGUGACAGACUGACAGUACACACAACUCAUACAGAGUUUAGCUUACCCUACCGGGACCUGGGAAGAUGCAAUCCGAAAAACGGGAGCAGCGGAGCAGUCAACUUGCGUGAUACAGCUAAGCUAACUUUGCGAGGGAAAUGAGACAGUGGUCUGACGUACGGUUUUAUAUGAACCACAGGGGCACGUCCUCCCACGCUGUCACGACACCGCCGUGACUUUGUUGUCAUUAUUACUCGACCUGCGCGGAGCGCGAUAGAGCUAUAAUCCAUACUUUCAAUCGUACUGACGGUCUGAAAGGUAUGAAGUAGAACGGUAUGUUUCAUCGUAGAAAUGGAUACAUUCUAUUAUGGUUUUCUUGGUAGUCUAUUGGUUUUUGUGGUUGUAAAUGUAUGUAUUGGAAAUGUGUUUAUGAUAGGCUGGCAUUUCUUAAUUGAUUACGUGGCUCAAAUUUGAUCAACAGAAGUGUAUUGUGCCAUAUCACAACGUGCUGCUGCACUCACGGGCGCCAUGAUUUUCCAAGCGGGCCUAUUUGUUUGGCAAGACCGCUGUGCAUGGCUGCAUCUCACUGUAGUAGUUGUGUCGGUAUUCUAAGCUGGUAUUCUAAGCCUGCAUGAAUAACUAAGCUAUUUUGUUAAGACAGCUGUGUGUACGGCUGCAUUCACAUGGCUGUUUGUAGUAGGUGAAUUACCCUAUUUAUCUUGUAGCCUAUAUUCAUUACCAAAACGACCUCACUUUAGUGUGUAGGGCGCUGUCCAUUGUGCUGAUACAGUGCAACGGCAAUAGGCUACAGAUUUAGUGCCAACCUGUCACUUCAAAAGCACUCAAUAUAAUUCCAAAGCAAGAUCCCCCGCCCCCCCAAAAAACGAUUUCAACUGCCCCCUUAUCCUGGCACCGGGUCUGUAUUUGUGUGCUAGUGAGCACUGUAAAAAGAAUGGCAGAACCCAUUUCUACUAACACAGAGGGUAGGAUGUAGUAAUAUUAAUAUAAAAAUGUAGGACCUUAUUUCUCCUACCUUCUCUAUUGUGUACGGGUACAGGUCCCUCCCUAAACACGAGCGCCUGGUGGACCUGCAUGGCUCGGUGAUUGACCACACAUAUGGCGGAGGCUCCAGCAUCGCUGUGCUUCUCAUCAUGGAGAGGCUUCACAGAGAUCUCUACACAGGCCUGAAGGUAACCACAUAUCUAUUAUAUACCCUAAUAUAGUUCAUCUUGCACAUAUGAUGACAUAAGUGAUUCGCACACUGAGGUCUACCUUACCAUCUCCCUCUCUCUCUCUCGCUCGCUCUCUCUAUCAGGCUGGUUUAUCAAUGAAGGAGAGACUCCAGAUUGCUCUGGACGUGGUGGAAGGCAUUCGCUUCCUGCAUGGUCAGGGGCUUCUGCACAGAGACAUCAAACUAAAGAAUGUGCUGGUGAGUGAGGGUUAAAGGUGCUUUCUCAAAUCAUGCUAAAUGUAACACUAGCGUUGAUCACUACAUUAUCAAUUUAUCAAAUCAGUAUAAUUUCCAUUGAUUUUUAUUUAGACAUAGUUCUAAUUUUGAGCUGAUUUAGCUGUGGUCAUCAUGGCUCAGUGGAAACGCUCCAGCACCACACACACACCAAUGAAUUCCUCAUUAUUUCCAUCAUAUUCAUAUUCCGCCUGUGCUGCUUGCUUGGUUAUGUAAGAAUAGCCCAGCCCUGCCUACACAGUAUGACGUUUGGCUCAUAUCUCACUGUUCUGCUGUGUCCUCUGACUGACUCAAUUAUGUGUGAAAAUGAGGGCAAUGUUUAAUGAGACAUACUAUGGAGGUCACAGGCUACUAUACUACAAUAAAGGGCUGUAUUGUUAGGACAGAGUUAUGGAAAAUGAUUUAACUUCCCUCAUAAAUUGAAUGUUCUGGGGCAUUGGAUGUUCCGAGUGGAAUGAUAGAUAUGUACUGAACUUUUUGGAAUUUAGGUUUGAGUUGAAAAUUGGGGGAAAAAUCACUUAACCCCUCUUUGUAUAGAGGACUUAAGGGUAUGCUUUUUUGACUGUGUGUAUACCCUGAGAAACCAAUAUUUAUGGUCCUGAAAUUUCACAUCUUGCCAGACGUGUUCCUAACCUGUGCUGUCGUUUGUCCCUCCCUCAGUUGGACAAACAGAACCGGGCCAAGAUCACAGACCUGGGCUUCUGUAAGCCAGAGGCCAUGAUGUCCGGCAGCAUCGUAGGAACCCCAAUCCACAUGGCCCCUGAGCUCUUCACAGGUCAGCUAUCCUGCUACUCAGUCACAGUGCUGCAUCAUGGACCACCUCUUAUUCUAGGCUCUUUGGUUUAACCCCAAGUCUCACCUCUCUCUUUCUUCAGGAAAGUAUGAUAAUUCUGUGGAUGUCUAUGCCUUUGGAAUCCUGUUCUGGUACCUCUGCACUGGCUCCGUCAAACUCCCAGAGUCCUUUGAGAAAUGCUCCAGCAAGGACCAGUUGUGGAAUAAUGUUAAAAAAGGUGAUGUACAAUUCCAGCUCGAGCAAACCCACAGCUAAAAUACUAAUUCACACUGACGACUGAAUAUGAUCAAAACCAAAUAGCUUGUUGUAACAUUUGUCUUUUAUCCAGGAUUUACAGUGUGUCUGUUUGUGGAUGAGAUGUGUUGUGUGUGUGUCUGUUGGCUGAAUUGGACUAGAGAGCUGCCCGGGCCUCAUUUGUGCCCAUGUUUGCAGGCGCGCGCCCCGAACGGUUGGCCAACUUUGAUGAGGAAUGCUGGCAGCUGAUGGAGGCCUGCUGGAACGGAGACCCUUCCCAGAGGCCCCUGCUCGGCAUCGUAGAGCCCAGCCUGCAAAGCAUCAUGGUACGGCUCUGCAAUUGUGGCUCAGAUCAGAAGAGCAGUAGCCUGGACUCAAACUGACAAACUCUGAGAGGACCACAGUUGCAAAGGAUUAUGAUCAAAAAAUGUACUUUUUGUUGUAUUUAUGGAAAAAGGACAGUGUGUUUCUGGAAGGCCAAGAGAGGAGAAGACCAAUAAUAAAGAUUGACAAAGACAGUGUUCCUCUUCCUUUACAGGAGUUAUAUAUACACUAUUUAAGCUGAAACAGGACAAACAUUUAUAUGGAUAUGUGUUUGUGCCGUGUGUAUUUGUAUAGUAUACAAACUCUAGCAGACACUAUGCUUCCGUCUUAGCUGGCAUGCUAAUUGCUGCUUGGUCAUAGGAUUGUUACUAGAUAAAACAUUUUAAAUGUAGUAAUAAAAAAAUAAACAAAUGCAGUAUUAUAUAGAAAAAUAUUAAUUUUAGGUUGUAUUUAAACUGG